GGCGGUUUUCACGUAGUUCAAGAUGAAUGUGGAGGUAUUAGCUCGUAUUCGACCACCGAAACGAGGAGAACACUUUUCUCUGAAUCUUUCGGGUACCCGCGUACAAGCAAGCAAUGGAACUGGUCAUAUCUUUGGUGCUGUUUACAAAUCAGAAUCACUGACCUAUGACAUUUUCAGGGACGCGUUCUCUCCACUUGUAGAACUUUUCAUAGCUGGUUACAAUGUUUGUGUCUUAGCUUUCGGUGAAACGGGAUCUGGCAAGUCGUAUUCUCUUGCGGGGGAGAAAAAUUCAAAGGCUGGGCUUAUUCCUCUGAUAAUAAACUCUGUUUUUACGCGGAUAAAAAAUGAGAGAUCAGCGCGAAAAGACUUGAGGGUGCAGAGAAAUGACAUCAAUGAUGGAGUUGUGUUAGUGCAGUUUUAUGAGGUUUUCAACGAGAAAGUAAGAGAUCUUCUUUUACUGCCACAUGAAGACAAACAUGUUGAUGUGGUGGAAGAUGGUCGCAGUGGAGUUCAUAUACAGAAUGCCACUUACAAGAGGGUUGCUGAUGCAGCAGAAUGUACCAGUGUGUUUCGUCAAGGAUGGUCAAAUAGAACCAAAGGACAAACAGAUUUUGAAACUAGGGCUACUGUGUUCUUCACCCUGGAUUUGUCAAUGGUUCCUAAGGACAGCCAAGAUCCUUUCACUUCUCGAUUCUUGGUGGUAGAGUUACCUGGAGCAGAGAAACUAGCUGAAGAUCCAACACAGCUCCGCAUGAGAGAAGGUCCUACUCUGAACCGAUCUAUUACUGCAUUUGGAAACCUUGUGGCAAAACUAGCUGCCUCUCCAAAAUCCACCAGGGUCAUCAAUUAUGGAGAAUCCAAGGUAACCUUGUUGUUGAAGGACGCGCUUGGGGGAAACUGUAGAACUAAAGCGUUGGUAACCCUCCAUCCUUCUGAUAGUUCAAGCCUUGCAACUGUACUCAAAACAGCAGGACAGCUGGCUCAAAUCCAGAACUACCCUGUAGUCAACGACUUUAUGGCUAAGGAACUUCUGUGUCAGUUUAGAUCAACAAUCAUGAAACUUCAAGACGACAUCAGGAUAUCAGGAGGUACAAGAAGUCAAGGAACAGGAGACAAUCAAGCCAGAGCACAGGAACUGAAGGAUCAAAUGACACAACUCACUCAGGAAAAUCUUCAGCUUCAGGAUAAAAAUGAGCAGCUAUACACAAGGUUGGAAGAGAUGCAGACACGAUACAGUGAACUGAUGAACUCCAAGACACAGCUCUCUUCAAAGCUAAUCUCCAGUGAAGAAGAAAAAUUACAGAUAUCCAAGACUUUAGUGGAUGUUCAGUUGGAGAACAAUAGAAUACAGGAAGAUGCAGAAGCUUUUAAUUUUGACCUCAACAAUAAGGUGCUUGCGCUGGAGAAUAAUGUAAUGGAAUUGCAGAUGUUUCUGGAUAAGGCUCAGACUGACCUAGCAGCAGCAAGAGAAGAACUUGUUAUCAUGGAAACAGAGCAUAAAGAGCUAGCAGAUGAAUACAUUGCCUUAAAAACUAGCCAUGUUCAGCUGACAGCAGACUAUCAGAAGGAGGUGGCUAAAAAUGAAGAGUUAGGUUUGGAACUUGUGACCUUACUUAACACUAAAGAAAAACUACAAAACGACAAAGAAGCAGCUGAACUUGAGACAAUGCAGGAGUAUUAUGAGCAGCUUAGGAGGAUAGCAAGCAAAUUUUCCAGGAGUUCUUUACGUGAAAAGGACGACUUGUCAAAAAGUGUGCUCUCAUUACAAUCAGAGAAACUGGAACUGGAAAAACAGUUAUUUCAAAACAACCAGCACCGAGAGGGGAAAGCGGAGGUACUUCGAGUUCAACAUAAACGAGAACUGGUCAAGUUAGAAGAAAGAAUAUCCAAACUGACAAGAGAACUGAAGGAAUCAAAGGAAUCUCUACGGGAGAUUCAACGGAAGCUUGCUCAUCAAUCUGCGGAAUUGAUCUCUGCCAACGGCGAGAAGCACCGUCUGUAUGAAGAAAACAACAACUUGGACUUGCGUCUUAAGGAGCUUAGUGCGGAAUACACGAACAGACUUCAGCAGUACAUUCACGAUAUAGCGGUGUUCUGUGGAAAGGCUAAUGAGAAGCAGCUUUCAGUGGAGUCAUUGCAAUCGUACAUCGAUGUGAUGGUCAGACAGAUUCGAGACUCGCACGAGAAAAAAGAAGAAGCCUUGGAAAACAGACUGCGAGAAUUAAAAGUGACCAUAAGAGACAUGGUACAGAAACACGAGAGUCUAUCCUCGGCUUACAGGAUGUUAAAGUUCGACCUGGAAAGCAAAGGGGCACGGGAUGUACCACAGGUAGACCAACCUGAUUUGUCCCUCCCGUCAGAGAGUGAAUUACAAAUGGCUCAGAGUCGAGAAAUUGCAAAACUGACUGCUGAUCUCAGAGAAUUGAAACAAAGCAACGAAGAUCUCAAACAAAAGCUGGCUGCCAGCACUUCACGUUUCACGUCAGAUGAGCAGCAAAAAGAUCUGUCAUUGCCAGCCGGUCAAGCCACAGUGGAGAUGGGAUGGGGCUAUCUUAGGAAGCAACUGCGAGAAUUCACGCUUAAUACCCAGGUGCAAGAUAAUUCUGUCAAAGAUUGCAUUAAUCUUCCAGCUUUCGUUAAUGUAGGGAUAAACAGACAAGAGAAUUACAAAACAUUUCCACGUUGCUGUUUUUUUUGUUUUAUUUUCUUCGGAAAGAAAGAGAAAGCAUUGUGUCAUUACAUUUGCCUUUGUAGAUCCAAACUGACAAGAGAACUGAAGGAAUCAAAGGAAUCUCUACGGGAGAUUCAACGGAAGCUUGCUCAUCAAUCUGCGGAAUUGAUCUCUGCCAACGGCGAGAAGCACCGUCUGUAUGAAGAAAACAACAACUUGGACUUGCGUCUUAAGGAGCUUAGUGCGGAAUACACGAACAGACUUCAGCAGUACAUUCACGAUAUAGCGGUGUUCUGUGGAAAGGCUAAUGAGAAGCAGCUUUCAGUGGAGUCAUUGCAAUCGUACAUCGAUGUGAUGGUCAGACAGAUUCGAGACUCACACGAGAAAAAAGAAGAAGCCUUGGAAAACAGACUACGAGAAUUAAAAGUGACCAUAAGAGACAUGGUACAGAAACACGAGAGUCUAUCCUCGGCUUACAGGAUGUUAAAGUUCGACAUGGAAAGCAAAGGGGCACGGGAUGUACCACAGGUAGACCAACCUGAUUUGUACCUCCCGUCAGAGAGUGAAUUACAAAUGGCUCAGAGUCGAGAAAUUGCAAAACUGACUGCUGAUCUCAGAGAAUUGAAACAAAGCAACGAAGAUCUCAAACAAAAGCUGGCUGCCAGCACUUCACGUUUCACGUCAGAUGAGCAGCAAAAAGAUCUGUCAUUGCCAGCCGGUCAAGCCACAGUGGAGAUGGGAUGGGGCUAUCUUAGGAAGCAACUGCGAGAAUUCACGCUUAAUACCCAGCAAGAUCUGGAGAGUGAGCGGGCUGCACUGAUGACCCGCUGUAUAAUGGCCGAGGAACAACUGGCGCGCCUUCAGCACUAUAUAGAUACGAAUCUUAAAAGAUACCAAGAAGAAAUAGUUCGGCUGCAAGCAUUGUUAGGGAAUACUACUAAUGGUGCACGUAAAAGGCGUUAGUUCUAUUAAAAAAACAUCUGAGGUGUUUAAAAACAUGCAUUUUUAUGGUCAAAACAUUCAUUGCGUUAUUGUAGAGCUCUUUCAAAAGGCUUUUCCUACAAAAGUAUAAAAAUGCGCGCGACAAUGCCGAAAGAUGUUAUGGGUACCGUUUAGUUUACAGCUGGUUGACUGACAACCUUGAUCCCAGGCUCUCUCUCUCCUUUGCCUCCCUUGUCGUUGGGAAGGCAAAGGAAAGAGAGCCUGAAAACGAGGUUGGGUGACGGAAAUUCACGGUGCUUCAGCGUGAUAAGAAAAAAAUAUGAAUACGUGUAUUUAUGGGUUCUCCUUCCUUCGCCCGGAAACACCGUGCACUUCGGUCAACCAGCGGUAAACUAACACUACCCAUACUACCUUUCGGUGUUGUCGCGUACGCUCUUACGUUUUUGAAGGAGCUCAGUCACGGUAUUUUGAGUUAUUUUGGCCACAUACAAAAUUACCUU